CGGAUAUUGAGUUAGGUGGCAGACACGUGUUGACUGCAAUGGCGAACCAACUGGCAAUGCAACAGUAUGGAGAGUCUCACGCUAACGCGAACUUGGAAGAUUAUGCAGCCGACUAUGAUCCUACAGUGGAGCUAGGACAGCAAUCUGGGGUUCAGGAAGAUGGGGGGCCCACCUCUGAGGAUCAAUCAGAGUGGAGUGGACAGCAAGAGUGGUCGUCUGAGGGCACUUCUUUAGAAGCACACAAUAACGGUUCUAUACGAGAAGAGAACCAUGAUGUGUACGCACAGCUGCGACGCGUCAAGAUCUCCGAAGAAGUUAUUCAACGUUUGAAGGAGCUUUUUAAUCAAGACAUCAUAAAGGAGGACGAGUUAGAUGUAAGAGCAAUAGAGGGGCUGUCGGAGUUUAGCCCAGAGGCGUCCAUGGACAUCCUGCAGCAACUAGCCGACAGCAACCUGGACACUGUAUCCAACAAGAGCGCGUACAUCUGCGGCCUCAUGAAGUCUUACCGAGCCAAAGUGCGCACGGCGGAAGAAACUGGACUGGAGUACGUAGGACCGGAUCCGGAGAAGAUCAAGCAAUUGAUUGAGAGGACAAAGUAUCGUUUGACUGUAACGCCUGGUCAGAGAAAGUAUGGUGGACCACCACCUGGAUGGGAAAGAGACAGGGCUCCAGGAGACGGCUGUGAGGUGUUUAUUGGGAAGAUUCCAAGGGAUGUUUUUGAAGAUGAUCUGGUGCCGAUUUUUGAACAAUGUGGUCAAAUUUAUGACCUUCGUCUUCUUGUUGACUCUUCCACUGGUCAGAACAGAGGGUAUGGGUUUGUGACAUUUUUUACCAAGGAUCAAGCAGAAUCCGCCAUCAAGAAGUGUGAUGGGUGUGAGAUUAGGCAAGGACGUCGUUUGGGAGUGUGUCACUCUGUUGCUAACAGGCGGCUCUUUGUUGGGUCUAUCCCAAAAACAAAGACACAAGCAGACGUGGAGAAGGAGUUCAAGGAUAAGACACGUGGACUAGUGGAAAUUAUUCUUUAUAUGCAUCCUGAGAAUCGCAAUAGAAAUCGAGGAUUUGUCUUUCUUGACUACGAGUCACACACAACAGCUGCCAAUGCCAGACGUCAACUUAGGAAUGGUCAGGUUUUGGUGUGGGGAAGCACUGUGUCAUGUGAAUGGGCUGAAGCUCAAGAAGAUCCAGGCGAUGAUGUGAUGUCAAAGGUUAAGAAUCUUUAUGUGAAAAAUCUCAACCCUGUGACAAGUGAACCAAAGCUAGUGCAGUUGUUCUCUCAAUAUGGUCAAGUUCAUCGUGUUCGUCGUGUCAAGGACUUUGCAUUUGUAUUUUUUGAGAGUCGAAGUGAUGCUCUUCGUGCCAUGGAAGCAACAAAUGACUUAGAAGUCGAUGGCUCAAAAAUUCAUGUGGCACUGGCCAAACCUCAAACAAAUGAGCAGAAGCAACGGAAUGCUGAACGAAAGCGUGAACGAGAAAUGCGUCAAGGAGGAGGACGACUUGGACCUCCGAAUGAACCGCCUUUCUUUGGUGGGCGUCCUCCUCCUGUUAAUCAUGGAUGGGGGCCACCGCCCGUACGAGGACCACCAAGAAAUGUCAUGUCACCACCUCGCGACCCAUACUUUGAUGAGUUUCCAUCAAUGGGGUAUCGAGACGAAGAAUACUAUGAUGAAUACUUUGAGCCCGAGUAUGGAUUUGAAGAAAGAUAUCCACCAGAGCCAAUGCUACCACCACCUCGUCCAAUGCCAGGACCUCGUAGUGGGCCUCGUGGUGGGCGAGGAGGACAAGGUGUACGAGGACGAGGAUUUGGUCCACGGCCACCACCACCUCCCCCACCACCGCCACCAAGAGGACGAGGGCCUCCAGUGCAGCAACGUAGACAGUCACAUGGGGACAGUCCAAUGCAACAUCCUUCCUCAGGAGCGAGAGGUCGAGGGCAACCAUUGAUGUCUCCUCGUGGUGGAGGAAGAGCACGAGGAAGAGGCGGACCAGCUGGAAGAGGAAGAGGUGUGUCACCUGGUGGUGGCAAUCAGGCAGGACAAGGAUUUGUUGGCAAAGGAAUGAAACGACCAUAUCUACCAGGGAAGCCGGAAGCAGGUGCAAAACGUACUCGCCCACCAGAUUUGUUUGCUCGUCAGCAGCCUUUGUCCCAGCCACAGAACACUCUUUCUAAGGUCGGAGGAGUAGGAGGACUAGGAGGAAUGGGAGGACCAACAGCAAUGGGAGGUGGAAUGGGUGCAAUGGGAAGAGGACGAGGUCGUCUUAUGAGUGGACAGACACAGUCAGUGCUAGGUCAACAGAGCUGGUCUGCUGGUGCCAUGAACCAGCAACCACAACAGCAGCCAAUGGGAUUUGGUGUGACCAGUGGCUACGCUUCGAUGCAAAAUGCUACAGUAUCUUACGGUCAGUCAGGAUUGUCAACAUUUGGUCAAUUGCAGAGACAUCCUGUUGCACAGCAGCAACCACAACAGCAGCGCCAACCACCACCACUACAACAGCGCCAACCAGGAUGGUAUUCAGAGUACUCUGGUGGAGGUCAAUGGCAGUAAUUGAAACCAGUGUUUGUUCGUCUGUGAUUAAGUUCAAAACGUGUCUUGAAAAAACAACCCAAAAUAGUUAUUUCCGGCUAAACACAGUCUUAGCCCUUUCUAAAUUAGAACCAUAUGACGGCUAUUGCCUGAGGUUACGUCACUACUAGCCAAAUACUUCAUUUUCUGUGUCUGUAUUUUAACCAAAAAUGAUUGUAAGUUUGCGUGAUUCUUAGCUGUAUGACCAGCAGUAAACUGUUGGUAAAAUGAUGCUGGAGCAACCAAAUUUAGUCAAAUUAUGCCUUCUGAA